AUGCAACACUGCGUGCCACCUCACCGUUCAGCUCACCCGGGCUACCGCCGUUCAUUGACAUCAAGAUCUUGGGCAGGUCCUCGUGGUAGCUCUUCGUCGUGGAUCCCGUGGCGACGCGGUCAAGAACUCUUCAUUUCCUUUGCUAGGACCCUCGACCAGUCUACCUUGGAAAGUGACGUUGACGACGACGUGGACUGGAUUGUCGGCAGAUAUGUAUCUCAUGCUCGGGCUAUCGAUCCUGGUGUCUUGAACCCUCUGUUGCCUCCUCCGUACUCUGCCUUUGUCAACGAUCUGGAACGAAACAGUACUCGGAAACACGAUGGCCAUAGCUCUAUUGAAACGCUGGUAUUGAAACGCAGACGUUUAUCAUCCUUCAGCGACCUCCAAGGCCCACUCAAGUACUCCAGAUCGGCCGAGUCUCAGGCUACGUAUAACGCCUCUACGAAAUUCGACAUCACUCACAACAACAGGGAACCUCUCACGUAUCUUAUCGCCUCUUCUCCUGCUAGAAAACCUGGACCUAAAGACCAUCCGAAACCUUUGACCAAACCCGACUUGGAUAAGCUCAUCAAGGAUCUAUACCUGGAAUUCGAUUAUUCGAACGACUGA